UCCCAACCGCUUCUCUGAGCUUCUCGAAAUAAUCGUCGCUCGAGCAACGCAGUGCCUGGCAGAGGGGGCUACCCGAACGGCUUUAAGGCUGGAGUAAUACAGGACAAUAACGGGGAAUCCCGUUUAAAUGAGCGCAUAGCCAUCUAACCACCCAUGUCCAGGCGACCAACGGACCACAACUACUAGCUGCGGUGUCUUCUGUGUCUCUUGUUGGACUACCGUGACAGUGUAUACCUAAUACUAAUUAGUGUAUAUCGGCCAAAUUAUCUUCCAUCGACGUCCAAAAUGGUUCAGAUCAAGAAUAACACCACAGAUUUCCAUCGCUCUUUUAAGGGCCAAAACCCUUUCGAUUCGGAGGAUUACACCAAAACAGGCUCCCAUCUCCAUGAGUCAAACUUCAAUUUUGAUUGUCCCCCAAGACCUGAGAUGCCGUCCAGCCUGCCGAUUGACAUCCCCGAUGCCAAGAAGAGGAACAAGAAGAAGAAGAAGAGAUGCCGGGCGACAGACAGCUUCACAGGACGGUUCGAAGAUGUAUACAGACUGCAGGAUGAGGUGCUGGGAGAGGGCGCCUACGCAGUCGUCCAGACCUGUAUAAACCUCAUCACCCAGAAGGAGUAUGCUGUCAAGAUCAUCGAGAAGCGUGUGGGUCUCAGCCGGAGCCGCGUCUUUCGGGAGGUAGAGAUGCUCUACCAGUGUCAGGGUCACCGUAACAUUCUGGAGCUGGUAGAAUUCUUUGAGGAAGAUGACAGAUUCUACUUGGUUUUCGAGAAGCUCCGAGGAGGUUCUGUGCUGGCUCACAUCCAUCGCAGGCAGCACUUCAGCGAGCAGGAAGCCAGCUACGUGGUGCGGGACAUCGCAAGCGCUCUGCACUUCCUGCACGACAAGGGAAUGGCCCACCGUGACCUGAAGCCUGAGAACAUCCUGUGUGAGCACAUGGACCGGAUUUCCCCGGUGAAGAUCUGUGAUUUCGACCUGGGCAGCGGGAUCAAGCUGAACAGCGACAGCUCUCCGAUCUCCACUCCUGAACUGCUAACCCCGUGUGGCUCAGCAGAGUACAUGGCUCCAGAGGUGGUGGAGGCUUUCAGUGAGGAGGCCACCAUCUACGAUAAACGCUGUGACCUGUGGAGUCUGGGGGUCAUCCUGUACAUCCUGCUGAGUGGAUCCCCUCCCUUCGUAGGCCGCUGUGGAACCGACUGUGGCUGGGACUGGGGGGAGCCCUGCCAGGCCUGCCAGAACAUGUUGUUUGAGAGCAUCCAGGAGGGGAAGUAUGAGUUCCCUGAGAAGGACUGGCACCACAUCUCCUCCGGAGCCAAAGACCUCAUCAACAGACUGUUGGUCCGAGAUGCCAAGAACCGCCUCAGUGCUGCUCAGGUCCUGGACCACCCCUGGGUCCGAGGGUGUGCUCCAAACUCCAUCCCCUCCACCAUGCUGAACCAAAGAGGCAGCCGAGCUCAGGACCUCACCUUCUUCGCCGGCCAGGCCGUGGCCGUCACCCGUCAGCUGGCUGAACAGGACGAGAGCGACCGCCAGGAGAGGGAGGAGCGGUGCCAGGAGGAGGGGCUGGAGGAGGGGUCGCUGUCCCCCUCGCCCCAUCAGAUGACCACCAGCACCACUGCCAGCCCCAGCCCCAGGAGCUCCCUUCACCCCUCGACCUCCGGGCGGGCCCGGCGCAGGAGGAGGCCGCCCCAGAUGGGACCGGUUUGUGCCUCGGAGCUCCGACAGCUCCUCACCCCCCUGGUCAUCUCAGGGGACUGUGCCUGAACUGUGAAACUGACUGGGAAGCUCUCCCUCCCUCAUCACUCCUCCCCCGAAAGCCCUCACUGUUGUCAUCUCUAAGCCACACCUGCAAUACCUCAGUGGCUUGGACGAUGAUGACGUGAUCGUUGCAGUCCCCCUGCUUACAUCAAAGACUUCUAGUCUGAGCCCGGGGAGGUCAUUAGAAUGCUGAAAAACAAAGGCGCAGUUUAUCGGUGAGGGGGGGGGGGCACAACAAAUAUUUUAUUAAAACUCGGACACCAAAGGCUGCUGCUGUUCUGCUUAACCUUGUUCCAGCCGCUGGCUCGGGAGUUGGGUCAGAAAACUCCACCUUAACCAGAAGUGUCCCGUCAUGUUACGGAACCGCACAGUGGACCCAGCUGUCCAGGGACACGAUGCAGCACAGGAUCAGUGAAUUUGCCUGUUAACUAGAAGGAGAAAAAAAAACACAAAAUGCAUGGAUGGUUUAAAAAAAAAAAA